AUGAGGAAAUUGAGAAUCAGUGACAACGGCAGCUUUCAGCUGUACAGCAGGCAGUUCAUCUCCUUUAAUGCUCACACACCCCUCACAGGGAUUAGUGUUCCCAUUUCACACAUGAGGAAACUGAGGUUUAAAGAAAGUACGUUGCCCACGGCCAUGGCAAAUAAGGAGCAGAGGCGGGAUGAAGAACUAAGAAGCAAAUCCAAGAUCUGUGCCAAUGUGUUUUGUGGAGCUGGCCGGGAAUGUGCAGUCACAGAGAAGGGAGAGCCCACCUGCCUCUGCAUUGAGCAAUGCAAACCUCACAAGAGGCCUGUGUGCGGCAGCAAUGGCAAGACCUACCUCAACCACUGUGAGUUACAUCGAGACGCCUGCCUCACUGGAUCCAAAAUCCAGGUUGAUUAUGAUGGACACUGCAAAGAGAAGAAAUCUGUAAGUCCAUCUGCCAGCCCAGUUGUUUGCUAUCAGUCCAACCGGGAUGAGCUCCGGCGUCGCAUCAUCCAGUGGCUGGAAGCAGAGAUCAUUCCAGAUGGCUGGUUCUCUAAAGGCAGCAACUACAGUGAAAUCCUAGACAAGUACUUUAAGAACGUUGAUAAUGGUGACUCUCGCUUGGACUCCAGUGAGUUACUGAAAUUUGUGGAGCAGAAUGAAACUGCCAUCAACAUCACUACUUAUGCCGACCAGGAGAACAACAAGCUGCUUAGAGGACUCUGUGUUGAUGCUCUCAUUGAACUGUCUGACGAAAAUGCUGACUGGAAACUCAGCUUCCAAGAGUUCCUCAAGUGCCUCAACCCGACCUUCAAUCCUCCAGAGAGGAAGUGUGCCCUGGAGGAUGAGACAUAUGCAGAUGGAGCAGAGACCGAGGUGGACUGUAACCGUUGUGUCUGUGCCUGUGGAAACUGGGUCUGCACAGCCAUGACCUGUGAUGGAAAGAAUCAGAAGGGGGCCCAGGCCCAGACAGAGGAGGAGAUGACCAGAUAUGUCCAGGAGCUCCAGAAGCACCAGGAAACAGCUGAAAAGACCAAAAAAGUGAGCACCAAAGAGAUCUAA